AUGGAGCUUCAUUAGGGGGCUGUGCCUUGAAGCAGCGGAGGGAAUCCUGAGACUGAAGGGGGCGGAGAGGACGAAUUGAUAUAACAAGAGCGGCUCUCAGCGCCAAGCUCUAUUCUCACCCUGUUCAAGCCUUGAACCAAGAACGAAAAGGAGUGGGCUUACAAUUGAUUUUGUACUCAGACAAAAUUGCGUUUCUUCUUGAAGUGUACUCAGUCUCACACAAGUAUAAUCGAAUACGUCCGACAGUAGUUCUGUUUUAUUUGAUUUUAGUUCAAAGUUCAAUACGAACGAAGGGUCGCAUCGCUGCACUGCCGGAGUGAAACUUUUCAGACCUCCGAGUUGGGAAUCAGUAACUUUCCCAUUUAAUGUAAUGACAUUGAUGCGCUACCGCAUCUGAACAGAUAGGUCUACUGAGCUAUUUUUUGCACCAGCGGUGUCAGAUUUGAAUAUAAAGUAGGGAGUUCUCAAAUGCAAAAAUAUAUGUAUGAGAAAGCAAUGGCUCAAGAGACAAGGAACGGAGGAACCUCGACUCUAAAUAACAACAAUGGUAUUGACAACAGCAAGAGGAAGCUGCUCAUAGCUCUAGAUAUCUUCUGCCUCCUUCUUGCUGGCCUGCCUUUCCUCAUCAUUGAGACUAGCACCAUAAGGCCGUACCAGCGCGGGUUUUACUGUACAGACGAGUCCAUCCGCUACCCCUAUAAAAUCGGAGAAACCAUAAGCGACGCCGUGCUUUGUGCUGCUGGCACUCUCAUUGCCAUUUUUUUUAUAGUGAUUGGGGAGUGCUAUAGGAUCCACAGCCUCCACGAGGGAACCAAAUCGUUUGUGGGGAACCCCUACGUGUCCGCUCUUUACAAACAGGUGGGUGUGUUCAUCUUUGGCUGCGCAGUCAGCCAGUCCUUCACGGACAUAGCCAAGGUGUCGGUGGGUCGCAUGAGGCCCCACUUCCUGGACGUCUGCCAGCCGGACUUUUCCACCAUCAACUGCUCUUUGGGUUACAUCACCGUCUAUACCUGCCUUGGCCGGGACAGCAAAGUACAGGAGGCCAGAAAAUCAUUCUUCUCUGGACAUGCCUCGUUUUCGAUGUACACAAUGCUGUACCUGGCUUUCUACCUUCAGUCCAGGUUCACGUGGCGCGGGGCGCGGCUCCUGCGGCCCCUGCUCCAGUUCACCCUGCUGAUGAUGGCCUUCUACACGGGCCUCUCGCGGGUCUCCGACCACAAGCACCACCCCACCGACGUGCUGGCCGGCUUCUUCCAGGGGGCCCUGGUGGCCUGCUGCACAGUGUACUUAGUGUCCGAUCUGUUCAAACCCAAGACCCCGCCGGCCACGCCACCUCCCUCGCCCAUCAAGAAGGAGCUCCUCCCUUCCUCUGACAUCAUCGACCGGAGCAAACACCACAACAUGGUGUGAGACCAGGGGGGCCGUGGCACUCUAGGCCUCCUUUUUCUUUCCUCCCUUGUGACUGAGGAGCCAAUUGCAGUGCUGCUCAACCCUCCCCAUCAGACAGUAGAAUGUAGCGAGGAGAGAUGAUACGGCUGCUUCUCCAACGUUAACCCUCCUCCGCCGUGCGCCGCCUUCAACGGGGCCCAAACAACACACUGUAGGUAGAAAAAGGCCCUGGAAUUUGAGAUUUGCACACACAAAGUCCACUAUCAGUAUCCAGACGCAUUAUUCACUGCCGUUAUGUUUACUACUAUCCACCCGCCCGUUGUGUUUGUGUUUGACCAAUAGUUACCGAAAAUAAUUUGAAGCUAUAGAAGUAUGACUUAAAGUAAGAUCAUCGAGGGCUGGGGGUUUAGAAGGAGGGGGUUUGGCGUUGAAGUGAAACAUCCUCUGAGUAUGAAUGCUUUGUCCUCUAUGUAUACAAAAAAAAGUGGAGAGAUUGAAAGACGAAGAAACAUAAAACAAACGAUUGAAGGAAAUUCAUGUGAUUCUUCAAAGUCACUGCAUCGAAGGAAGAUGGAUCUCGUCUCUGUGUGGCCUAUAUACGCCGUAAGAAAAACACCCCAUGCGAUCCGUCGGAACAUUAUAACUGUGCGGUAUACCUAGCAGCAUAGAUAUAUUAACAGUAUAGAGAAAAACAAUGUUAAACAUAUAGCACUAUUUUUAUUUUGUUUUACAUUACAGUGUCCAUUAUCACCACUCGCUGCCUGAGAUGUGUUGUCUGUGAAAGCGCUUAAUGAUGCUGUCACGGCGACAGAAGCAAGAGUUAGAAAUUACGUAAUCGUCAAACUCCAUAUCUGGUGAAGACAAAGUUGAUCAGUCACUCCUCAUAGAACCAGAACAGUGAGACACGGUCACAGUAUAUUUCCAAUACUGUAAUGUUUGGGACAGGUUACCACUCGGCGAGAUCAGCAUCAGCAGCCGUCAGUGAGCAAGGGGAAGGGUUCUAAGGACCAGGGUUUACAACCAGGACCCUCUUUCUCCUGACUCAUGAACUCUUGUGUCAAUUUGACUAGCGCAUCAAGCAUUUCACAGUGAACUAUCAUAGCAGCCCUAACCCGGGAUGUUGCAUUUCAUUUUUUAUAUAUAUUUUUGGAAGGGGGAAAUGUGAAAUGUAGGGGGUCUAUUUUCUUUGGAUGUAGGGGGGGGAGGGGGUUAGAAUCUCUCAGGACCUGGGCGAGGGGUGUGGCUGUGCCAUGCUUCUUGCUCUGGCGUCGGAGCCGUCUGAUUGGUUGCUUGACAGGAAGGGGAUUGGUGGGGCAAAAGCAUAGGGGUGUGGUCUGUCACCUUGGAAAGAUGGCAUUGAUUGACAGCUAAGCUGGCACAUUAUUUGGGGAUCUUCCCGCUGGUAGGGAGGGGCUCUCACCUGCCCAAUAGCUCAUAAUCAGUGUGUGUGUGUGUGUGUGUGUGUGUGUGUAUGUGAUUGUGUGCCUAAUGUGAAUUUUGUAUUUUGUCCAUUAUACUCAUGUGGUUGUCAUGGUGUACUUUACUUGUACAUAUCCCGUGUGUGUGUGUGUGUGUGCGUGCGUGCGUGCGUGCGUGCGUGCGUGCGUGCGUGCGUGCGUGCGUGUGUGUGUGCGCGCGAGUAUGAUGCAUGGCUGAAUGCCAGUUUGUAACUGCUCUGCCCUUUACUUUUAUCCUUUGUGUGUGUGUGUGUGUGUGUGUGUGUGUGUGUGUGUGUGUGUGUGUGUGUGUGUGUGUGUGUGUGUGUGUGUGUGUGUGUGUGGUGUGUGUGUGUAGACUCCCUGCUCCUCCCCCCCCCCCACACUUUUCGUCACACACUGUUGUCUGAGCCAAGUGUGUGUGUGUGUUAGCGUGUGUGUGUUGGUGUCCAUGUACGUGUGCCACUUUGCAUUUGAGAGUGUGAGGCCUUGGGACUUCCCAGUCAGGUGAAGCUUAUUAAAACUGUGGAUCUAAUAUUUUAUUAUCUUUUAACCUAUAUGUGUGUUCCAGUGUAAUCACUAACAGUUGUACAGUACCACUUGCAUACAGCAGCUCUUCCUACUACACACAGCCGCAGACUCCAGGCCCCGCCAUUGUUGCACACCUUCUCUCAUCGUACAGUCCGUCCCAUCAUCUCAACAAGCGUUCUACUUACCUUAUUUUUUAUAUAUAUAUAAAUAAUGUAUAGAUCAGUACAACACCAUUAACUCUGUAAGAUAUUGUUCCUAAAUGUGUUUAAAUAUAUCCACUAUGAUUACAGACCUGUGUUCUUUACAAAGUGCUGCUUUCAAAGCAUUGAUUGACUGAUUUAUUGUCCUUGUAUCUAGAUAACAAAAAAUGUAAAUUGUGGUAAUUAUGUUUUUAAUAUGCGUUCAACCACAAAAUACACACAAAAUGUAUUCAAUACACUAUUAGUAUUAUUUUUAUUCUCUCAUUUUAGUAUAAAAGAAAUAGCCACAUUUGUUUCUUUCUGCUAAAUCUACUCUAAUACAUGCGAUGAAUAAAAAUGAAAAGCUCAUUACCAACACA